GGUGAAGUUGACUGCUCGCGCACUUCGACCGCUCGCGCAUUUAACAGCGAUAUUUUUGUCUUGAAAACUCAAUAAAUUGAUUAAAUAAGGUAUAACUGCCGAGCAAUGCCGGAAAAACCAGUGAAAGCUGAACCCAAGCGGGAUGAGGUUGAAUUAGAAACGCAAAUGAUUAUGCGUAUGCCCUUGGAACCAGCCAGAAUACUGCGGGAAGCUAUCCAAACUGGAGCGAACAAUCUGAAGGAUAGGCUAACUAUUCGGCUCGACAAUGACCUUCGCUACGGGGAAGUUCGACUUGAUCAUUGGCUGCUACACGCCAAGGUUGUAGAUUUACCGACUAUCGUGGAAAGUUUGAAAACGAUCGACAACAAAAAUUUCUACAAAACAGCUGAUUUAUGCCAACUGAUGAUCUGUAAGGAGGAGCCUGAUCAACCUUCAGCAGAAGAAGAAUCCCCAAAUAAGAACAAAAAGAAGGAUCCUAACAAGGUCGACAAGAAGUUCCUGUGGCCACAUGGCAUAACACCACCAUGUAAAAACGUCCGCAAACGCCGGUUCCGGAAAACCCUGAAGAAAAAGUAUGUGGAAGCUCCGGAAAUCGAGAAAGAAGUGAAGCGGUUGCUUCGAGUAGACAAUGAAGCAGUCAACGUAAAGUGGGAACUCAUUACUGAGGAUGAGGAUCCGAACAAAUCAAUAUCAGAUUCGAAACACGAUGGUAACGCUCCCAAUAAAAGUCCCACCAAGGGUAACAAGAAAAGCCACGCCAACAAGGAUGUUGGUGAACACGAUAUUUUUGGUGAGGAGGU